AUGACGGCCAGUGCAGCAGAGCCGCAGGGGCGGCGCCCAGGAGUCGGGGUAGGAGUCGUGGUGACCAGCUGCAGGCAUCCUCACUGCAUCCUCCUGGGGGGAAGAAAGAAAGGGUCAUUUGGAGCCGGCAGUUUGCAACUUCCCAGGGGCCACUUGGAGUUCGGUGAAAGCUGGAAAGAAUGUGCUCAAAGGGAAACCUGGGAAGAAGCAGCUCUUCACCUGAAAAAUGUUCGCUUUGCCUCGGUUGUGAAUUCUUUCGUUGAGGAAGAGAAUUACCAUUAUGUCACUAUUUUAAUGAAAGGAGAGGUGGACAUGACUCAUGAUUCAGAACCAAAGAAUGUAGAGCCUGAGAAAAAUGAAAGUUGGGAGUGGGUUCCUUGGGAAGAAUUUCCUCCCCUGGACCAGCUUUUCUGGGCACUACGUUGUUUAAAGGAACAAGGCUAUGAUCCAUUUAAAGAAGAUUUGGAUCAUCUGGUAGGAUACAAAGGAAAUCACCUAGAGGUCUUAGUAGCGGCACACGGGAUCUUCAUUGUGGCACGUGGGAUCUUUUGUUGUGGCGCGCGGGCUUAUUGCCCUGCGGCAUAUGGGAUCUUAGUUCCCGAACCAGGGAUCGAACCCGCGUCCCCUGCAUUGGAAGGCGGAUUCUUAACCACUGGACCACCAGGUCCUUCAUCAUCUUCUCUCCGAUUCCUGCAGCUGUACCCUCAGGCUGAUUGACUGAGGGAACUGAGAUCCCACAUGCCGCGGGUCAACCAAGCCCAUGUGCCACAACUACUGAGCUUGCGCGCCUCAACGAGAGAGCCCUCGUGCUGCAACUACAGAGCCCACUCGCUCUCGAGCCCACACGCCACAACUAGAGAGAAGCCCAAGCGCCGCAACGAAAAGAUCCUGCGUGCCGUAACUAAGACCAGAUGCAGCCAAAUAAAUAAAUAAAAUAAACGAAUAAAAUAAAUAAAUAUUUUUUUAAAAAAAGGGAAUGACAUGG